AUGAACUCACUCAUCAAUUUGCUUUCCACCAUAUUUCGAGGAAUUCUGGUAUCUAUUGCAACCGACCUCAUUGCGCAAGCAAAAUGGAUGUGGUUCUGGUGCGAUAAGUCUUCCCACCGACGGAUGGGCGAUCUGCAGCAUUUCGAUGACGGUACUCGUGGCGUUUGGGGGGCGCUGAAGCUAAUGAGACUAGUUGCUUGGCGCAGCCCAGCGAUCCUUGUUGCUGUUGUUGUCCUCGUGUCGUCUUUCGCGAUUGGGCCCUUCGUCCAGCAAUCUAUCGGGCAUGUGGACAGGAACGAAACACUUGCACUCGGCACUGGAACACUCCCGGUGAUACGACAUGCCGACGGCCUGAAUAUGGAAAUGCCUAUUGGUGAUAACGGCGAGAUGACUUUGCAGUCCGAUACCAAGGGUAUCAUUCAGACUGUCGCCUUGGACCGCAACGGCAUUCAUUCAGCUAUUGUGCCAACCUGUCCAACGGGAAGCUGUACAUUUAUUGGUAUGGGCUCAAACACCUCCGUCAAUACCGGAUUCGAUGUCAUCGUCGCCUAG